CGGAAAAAGAAGCCGGUUCCGAGUUUUGGCCGACCGGUGGCGAGGAGCCCGUCCCGACGCCUCUAUGAAGUUUGCUGAUCAGAGAAGGCCCACUUGUUCAGUGGAGGAUGGCUUUUGGGCAGAUACCAAAAAAGGAUUGGUACAGCAUUCUGGGGGCAAACCCAUCUGCAAGUAUGGCUGACCUAAAACAAAAGUAUCAGAAACUCAUAUUAAUGUAUCAUCCAGACAAACAAAGUGCAGAUGUGCCUCCAGGAACGGUGGAGGAAUGUAUACAGAAGUUCAUCGAAAUUGAUCAGGCAUGGAAAAUUCUAGGGAAUGAAGAGACAAAGAAAGAGUAUGACCUGCAGCGGCAUGAAGAUGAUCUAAGAAAUAUGGGACCAGUAGAUGCUCAAGUGUAUCUUGAAGAAAUGUCUUGGAACAAAGAUGAUCACUCUUACUCUCUGAGUUGCCGUUGUGGUGGAAAAUACAGUGUUUCCAAGGAUGAAGCCGAAGAAGUUACCCUGAUUUCUUGUGAUACAUGUUCACUAAUUAUAGAACUCCUCCAUUGUAGCUGAAAUUGUUCACUAAAUGGAACCCCUUAACUGUAUAUUCAGACAUGUUGAGGAAAGUCCAUUCCAACUUUAUACAUUCAAGCAACUGUCUAAAGCUGAUAAAAAAAGGAAACUUUGUCAGCUCUAUUAUUUACAAAGAAAAUGUAAGCUUGUCAAGCAAAGUCUAACCCACAUUAAUAGAAAAUAAAUUUAGCUCUUUGUAUGUUUACUAGAGACCUGGUGCACAAAAUUCGUGCCUGGGUAGGUCCCUAGGCCUGGCCAGCGAUCAGGUCCGAUCUGUGGAGUCACUGGCAGGGUGAUCGGGGAGCGGGGGGCCUGCUGGCACCCGCCUUGGCUGGCCUGGGGCCUGUGAGCUGGGGGCAGCUCCUGCAUUGAGCGUCUGCCCCCUGGUGGUCACUGCGCAUCAUAGCGACUGGUCGUUCCACCAUUAGGUUGAUUUGCAUUUUAGGCUUUUAUUAUAAAGGCUAAUUUUAGAUUGCCAAAAAAAGAGACUUGCAUUAUAAGUUAUUUAUAGAAAAUUCCUAUUUGAGAACUUUAUUAUUGAUUUGUUUCUUCAAAUAAGCAUGUCUCCUCUUUUAAUGGGUAACAAUACCAUCAUAUUCCUUUAUAGUUACUAAGUUUCUGAGGUAACAUGACAUUUCUAGCUGUCAAAGUUAUAGGUCUAUUAUACAACAAUUUCCAAAUCUCAGGUCAUUAGAGUUAAAUUACAAUCUGUGUGAAUAAUAUGUGAACCUAGUUCUCCCAUCUUGAAGGCUGACUAUGGAUAUUCAUGAGGUUAUUUCAAAGUUAAUAAGGAAGACAAAGUUGGGACUGUAGAAGGAAGAAUAGCUUUGGAGAAGAUGACUUCAGUCCUGCCACUGUAUCUCCAAAGCCUUCAAGUGGUUGUAUUAAAGGGAGUAAGGUUCUUGAUCACUGCCAUCUUCAACUUUAAAUAUAAUUUGGGAAAUGCUAGCUUUAGAAAAAAAAAGUUGAAACAAGUGCAUUACUUUCCUUUUUGUUUCAGAGUGCUAAGAUGCAGUAUUGGUGCCUAUAUUUAGGAAUAAGGAACCAUUGCACUGCUAGUAUGAUGAAGUGGGCUUUUAUAAUGUAUCAUUAUUGAUUAUAGUAACCUGUAAAGAUUUUAUUUUUCUAUAUAUUUAACAUUUUAUGUACAGUGUAAGUCAGAAACAAUUUGAAUUUUAUUUGAAAAGGAAUCCUUUACGGGAUCACUGAAACUUUAAACAUAUACAUAUAUAUUUUUAAAUACAUUUUUUAUUUCAGAGAAGAAGGGAGAGGGAGAGAAAGACAGAAACAUCAAUGAUGAGAGAGAAUCAUUGAUCAGCUGCCUACUGCACACCUCCCACCAGGGAUUGAGCCAGCAACCUGGGCAUGUGCCCUGACCGGGAAUCAAAUCCUGACCUAUUGGAUCAUAGGUCAACGCUCAACCACCGAACUACACUGGCCGGGCUGAAACUAUUUUCAAAUGAGUGAACCAAGUUUGUGACUUAGCAGUUUUUUAUUAGGUUGAAUCUUUGCAUUUAUUGUUGGUUUGGACUUAUAAGACUAGUUUCUACUUUAAUUUUGUAAAUAUAGCUAACAAAAAAAAUACAAUAAAAUAAAAAACAAUUGUAGCUAAUGUAUGAAGCAUAUUCAUGAGGAGUUUUUUAUUGUACCUAGAAAAUAAAAAUUCAAGUGAGGUUGUCAUCCAGGUUUCCCCCCUAAAAAUAUUUGUACAUUUGUCAUAAACUUUAGAUGAUUUAUUUUGGAUUACGCUUACCCAUAUAUUUUGAAUUAAUGUAGCUUGCAGAUUGCGUGUUACUUAUUCUUUAUAU